CACUAAUUACUCCAAUUUAAUCCCUAGCACCCCUUACCCCCAUAUAACCGAGCAAUAUAAGUUAAUAAACCUCCCUCAAGAUGGUGGAGGACGGUGGCGCCGUAUUCCCGGUGGUGUUCUCGGACGGCGAGCGCGAGACCAACGUGGGCAGCAUCAAGAUACACCCCUCCACGGAAUUCAAGAACUUCCAAGAAACCCUGUGCGGCAGGAUCGGGGUCUCCCCGAACCAAAUCACAAUCUACCUCACCGACGACCGCCUCAAGAACGACGGGCGACGCCGCAUUCCGAUCGCCGGCAGGGCCGACUUCGCCCUCGUCGCCGCCAGGGAGAAAAAAACCGGGUGUUCCUUCCUCGUCGUGCUGAGGCGGUCCAGGAGGCGGUCGAGGCCAAGGCAGCAGCAACAACAGCAGGGUAUCGGGUUCCGGUACGGCGACGUCUUGGCCCCCGAAAAUUAUCGACUGCUGCGGCGGGACCGGCCCGAUCUGAACGAUGCGCGCUUCUACGACCAGGUUGCGGCGUUGAGGUACCGGGAUUUGGAGAUGCAGAGGGAGAAUUACACGAGGAUGAUGAUGGUGAAAGCGGGCUUGGAUCCGGGUUGCGUGAGCGGAGACGGGUUUAGGGUUUCGUCGGCGAGGGCCGGGAGGGGGCCGUUCUGCGAGGAGUGCGCGAAGGCUAGGGUUGAGGGGAGGACGGCGCCGUUUCACUGCUGCGUGUUCGACGACGUCGUGGUGGGGUUCCGGUCGAAGGCGGGUCCGGUUGCGUGGCCGCGCAAAACUGGAAAGUGUUAAAGGCCUAGUUUCCCUCUUCCGAAGAAGGAGUUGAGGGUUAAUCUGCUGUGGUACCAGUACGGUGAGGAACGUGUACGCUUCCACACAUUAGAUGUGAUAAUAAUAUAAUAAUUAGGGGUAAAUACGGGUUGUAGACUUAGAUGUCCCCUUGGAAGGAGGGGGUAUAAUGGACAAGAUGAAAAGUUCAUCUAGUUUUUUGUUUUGGCCUUUUCCGAUAUUGAGAGGGCUCUGAUUCAUGCCUUUUUGAACAGUUUUAAGGGUGAAUUAUAUUAACAUUAU